AUGCUGAAGUAUUGUUAUCAAAGAUGAUUAGAGUCGGUGUAAUGUUGGCAUUCAGGUCACUCUGCCAGGGAGCACUCAAUGAGGUAAUAAUUGUAAAUAGAUUAACUAGACAUGAACAAUUUGUGUCAAUACAACAAUAUAUGUUAAGCUUUAAUAAUAAUUUUACAUAAUACACAAGUAAACGUUUGGGCACAUGCCUUCAUCAGAAUAACAACAAAACAUUUAAACAAGUAUAAACUAAAUUUACAUAAUAUAUAUAUAUACACAUAUAUCCUACCUAAAAAAAAAAGAGAAAAGAUGGGAGUGGGCGCAAAAACCAGACAGAAACAAGGUAAAGAAGAAUGGAAAGGAAGUGAUUUGAAGUAACAUGUAAAAAGCCAAACAGGAAAAAGACAGCAGAUUCUGUGGAAUACGGCCUCCCUCCAAUAUAUAUAUAUAAAAACUUGUAUGAAAUGGCUAGGUUAUAACCUUAUAGGGUUUGUCAUUUAAAGGCAGAAAUCUAUUAAUAGAACAUCAGGCAAUCUCACUAAGAUAUUAAUAAAACAUCCUGGUAUUCUGUUUGGCCAAUCUCUCAACAACUGUUCAGUACUUUUACGUUAAUUUGAGAACAUGCAGUGGGUCUUAAUUUUACAAAAGAUUUUACAAACAAAUAUUGUUACUGCUAUAUAUAUGCGGAAAUACAUUGUAAGAAGCUAUUCUUUAUGAAAACAUGGUCUAAAAAUAGUUAUCUUCCUUAAUGCGAUGUGAUGUUUUCCACUCUUAAAAUUGACAAACCCUAUUCGUCUGCAUCCACAAUACGUUAAAUUGUGUCAGUUAAACUGAUUAUUUUUUAUUCAUGAUAUUAUUUAUGUUCUUCAUUCGAGUUGUUGGUCAACAUGCUAGAAAUAAUUUAUCUCAUGUUUGCUUUAAAGGUGUUGGAUCGGAGAGUUCCAUAUCUCCUCAGCUCUAUCAAAGACUUACAUCACCAUGAGCCAGUAGGCAGAGAAUUUAUGGUAAUAUCUUCUCCAUAGUUUGGUGAUGACCAAAUGAAUCCUACAGUGCAUUCAGAUCAAUUGAUCCCUGACAAUGUAAAACUUAAAAAUCAAAACUCUUUGGGUUGAUCAAGUUUGAACUCAUAGAAGCAUCCUAUCUCCUCAUCAUCAAUGUUUAAAUUAUUAGAAUAAAAGUUGUUAAAAAUGAAACCAAAUAAAAUGUGAGAAUAAUUUAUCUUUUUAAAAAAAAAAAAAUUAAUUAAGAAAUUUUAAGCAUUUAUUGUCGUUAUUAUAUAUUAUGGAUAAAAAGACAGAAUCUUUUCCCCAUCAAAUCUAGAUUGUGCAUGAAUUGGCUUCAUCAGCAGGGGAGAAAUGUCCAAUAGAUCCUGUUUUGUGGAACAUUCUGAGGAAUAUGAAGAGUUCAAGUACUGAAAAGGGUCCCAACAGUAAGCACAAUCACUUAUCAUAUCUGCAGUGUUGUCAUGAGGGGGAAGCAAAGAAAGUGAUGAGGACCCUUGGAGCUGUAGAUAUUUAAAAAUACAUUUGGCAAUAGGUCAGCGUUGCAUUUGGCAAUAGGUCAGCGUUGCAUUUGGCAAUAGGUCAGCGUUGCAUUUGGCAAUAGGUCAGCGUUGCAUUUGGCAAUAGGUCAGCGUUGCAUUUGGCAAUAGGUCAGCGUUGCAUUUGGGUAACAUUUUGCAUCACUAGUAACUUUAAAAAAUAAGUUUCAAAAUUUUCAUUAAAAUUUCUCACAGAAGAGGAUUACACUAUAGCCUGCCUGUUGCUUGUUUUUGUGGCUGUCUCCAUUCCAAAGCUGUCUCAAAGUGAUCUUUCCACAUACAAGGCUUUUCUGGGAGGUUGGUUUUACUAUAUGUUUUCAUAUUUAAUAUUUUUGUGAUCAUCAUUCUGUUUAGGCUGUCUUGUCAUUGGUUUAGAGUGUAUGGGCACCAAAUCAUUCAAAUACGAUACAUGAAUAAAAAUUGUAAAUGAAAAAUCUGCAUGUUUUGUUCCCGGGUGGAAAAGCUCAUAAAGCAGAGGACAGUGCAAGCAAAUUGAUGGCCAGGUUUCCAAAACUAAAUGUGCACUUCACUUGGGGGAUAAACAGAUUUAGUAUGAAUCAAGGGCCGUCUUAACAACAUAGGAGGCCCUGGGUACGGUGAUGCACUUAAAAAUUAAAACUUGUUCACCCCUUGGCUAAAUUACAAGAAAAUGUUGAUUUUCAAUGUGUUUCCUGCCCCCAACUAGGUCACCUCAACAACAGCCACUGCCUGGCAAAGAGCAUCAAUACUUUGACUGCAGUCCUUUUCUCUCUUAGCGACUCAAGAGACAUCAGCUUGAGGCUUAAAGAGUUUUUAAUGGUCAGUUUAUCUGUGUAGUAACCAUUAAUCAUAUCUGUGUAGUAACCAUUAAUCAUAUCUGUGUAGUAAUCAUUAAUCAUAUCUUUGUAGUAAUACUUAAUCAUAUCUGUGUGGUAACCAUUAAUCAUAUCUGUGUGGUAACCAUUAAUCAUAUCUCUGUAGUAACCAUUAAUCAUAUCUGUGUAGUAACCAUUAAUCAUAUCUGUUUAGUAACCAUUAAUCAUAUCUGUGUGGUAACCAUUCAUCAUAUCUGUGUAGUAACCAUUAAUCAUAUCUGUGUGGUAACCAUUAAUCAUAUCUGUGUAGUAACCAUUAAUCAUAUCUGUGUAGUAACCAUUAAUCAUAUCUGUGUGGUAACCAUUAAUCAUAUCUGUGUGGUAACCAUUAAUCAUAUCUGUGUAGUAACCAUUAAUCAUAUCUGUGUGGUAACCAUUAAUCAUAUCUGUGUGGUAAUCAUUAAUCAUAUCUGUGUAGUAACCAUUAAUCAUAUCUGUGUAGUGACCAUUAAUCAUAUCUGUGUAGUAACCAUUAAUCAUAUCUGUGUGGUAACCAUUAAUCAUAUCUGUGUGGUAAUCAUUAAUCAUAUCUGUGUAGUAACCAUUAAUCAUAUCUGUGUAGUAACCAUUAAUCAUAUCUGUGUAGUAACCAUUAAUCAUAUCUGUGUAGUAACCAUUAAUCAUAUCUGUGUAGUAACCAUUAAUCAUAUCUGUGUGGUAACCAUUAAUCAUAUCUGUGUGGUAAUCAUUAAUCAUAUCUGUGUAGUAACCAUUAAUCAUAUCUGUGUAGUAACCAUUAUCCAUUAAUCAUAUCUGUGUGGUAAUCAUUAAUCAUAUGGCCCUGAAAAUUUUCUUUUGUUGAACAUUUUGAUUUUUUUUUUUUUUUUUCUGUUUCUUAACCUACACCACUUGUCAUUUACAAUGACAUCAGAUUAGUCUGGAUAAAAUUAUUCAGCCUUGAACAUUUUGCUUUUUUUUUUUUUUUUUUUUUUCUGUUUCUUAACCUACACCACUUGUCAUUUACAAUGACAUUAGAUUAGUCUGGAUAAAAUUAUUCAGUCUUGAACAUUUUGCUUUUUUUUUUUUCUGUUUCUUAACCUACACCACUUGUCAUUUACAAUGACAUCAGAUUAGUCUGGAUAAAAUUCAUCAGCCUUGAACAUUUUUUCCAAGUUUUACCUAAGUAUAACUCUCAUACCUAACACAAGCAGUGUGAUGUGAAGUGUAUUUUUCCUUUGAUCUCCAGUUUACAUCUUCCAGUGUCCUGUACUUGGGGAUAGAGAAUGAUAAAGAAACAAUGAAGAAUCGGGAGUCAGUCUUUUUGCUCCUGGAUCAAGUAUUAGUAUUUCUUUAUUUAUAAAUUUUUUUUAAUUUAGUGCAAUAAAUUUAGAAUGUUCUCCUAUUUUCUAGAUACUGAAAUUAUUUGGUAGACAACACUUUCUGGGGAAAAGUUUUAUUUUAGUAGUUUGCUCAUUAGGUGUCAUGCAAGUUAGGGUAUUAAAAAAAAAAUUUGCGUUUUUAAAAACAUGAUAAUGUGUUGGAAGAAGUGAGGCAAGUAUCAAAACAUGCUGUGAAGAGGAAGGUAGUUUUGUUUACAGUGAUUAAGUUCAGAGAUAGCUGUGGAAUUGCACUUUACAUUUUUUUAAAAGCAAUUUUACAAAUAUUUUUAAAAAGUAUAGGAAAUAAAUCCCCCCCCCCCCUUCCACACACACAUUUUUCAGAAGCCUGUGUGUGGAUAAUGUAUACUUGAGGUACUGGGAUUCUAAACACAAUGAAAAUAGUUAAAAUAAAUCUGCAUCCAGAUGGUCUGGGACAGACCGACCAACUGGCAUAGUUAUAUGGUGUUUGUUUAAAAAUAUUAACUCACCAGUACUUUUAAUAGAUUUUUUAAAUUUACUUCCUGUUAUAUUAUAAUUAGUUAUAACUUAAAAUAAUUUUCAAAUGGAUAUUUUAAUAUGGAAUUCUACUAGAUCUAUUCAUAGAGUCAAGUUUUUUUUUCUUUUCAGAUGAAUUAAUAUGGUUUAUAUUUUUCUUCUAGUUAAAGUGAUUUUAAAGUUAAUUAAAAAUUAAGAAACAUUAAUAUAGCUUUAUUAAAGGAAUUUCGCUUGUCUAAACAGAUUGUUCAGGAAUCUCCGUAUCUCACAAUGGAUGUGUUGGAGUCCUGCUUCCCAUAUGCGCUGCUAAGAAAUGCUUACCACAGUGUGUACAAGUCAUCUGCAACAGAGUUAUAAAUAAACAUGUCACAUGACUGACAUCUGAUCUUGACUGGACAAUAGACUGUUAACAGUCAUUGACAUUGCCUUUUUUAAUUUAAAGAAAUAACAGAGAUUUUUUUACUUUUAGAUCAGCUUCACAUGUUUGUAAAUAUGGUAAAUUAUAACUAGUUGAUUUAUUAAAGCACACAUUUUGACAAAUUUGUGUGUCAAACAUCACACAAACGUUCCUGCUCCAGUUUCUUCCUUUAUAAUUACUAUUUUAUUUUGUGAUAGAUACACUUUUAAAAUGGCCGCAACAAUUUUAUGAUUCAGUUGUUUGUUUUUAAUACUCAUAUAUUUUUGUAGGCUAAACAGUUUUCACUUUAUUACUUACUAAUAUGUAAAAUUAUCCCUUUAAUGUCUAGAUCACACUUUUUACCCCCUAUACUCUUAUAUUUUUUAAAUUCUGGAUGGUUAAUUCAUGCAUACAUAUUUUUAAAAAUAAAAAUAUUGGAUCAUUUCAUGAAAGAUUUCAGCUUUAAUAUCUCAGUCAGAACAUUUAUUUUAAAUUUAAAAACCGUUUUUGUGAAAGAUUUAUUGAUUCAUUUUUUUUGUUUACCAAGACUUGAGUUUGUUCGACUAAUAAAGUGGCUUAGGCCGGAUUUGAAAUUUGUUUAGAUAUCUGGCAAGCAUAAGCUUGAAACAAAUGUGAAUUUACUUUUUUUUUAAAAACACCCCCUUUGUCCGCUAUGAAUAUUUAAGGAGUGCUCACUGCCUUGCGCCCCUACUGGCUAUGGGGUUAAAUAGACAUUGACGGUAUUCCAUCGGAUGAUGCCAUUGGCAAACUGUGGCGGCAGUCAACUUGGAACAUUGAUCUUGCAAUUUAUUUUAUUUUUACCAAGUUAUACAUUUAUGUAACUCUAAGUUUACCAGUCACAAAAAUAAACUUUCAAAAUAUUUUAAGAAAUAUGUGUUUUUGUUUUUAAAUUUAAAAAAAAUAGCAGCAAAUGGGCUGCAACUCAUGUAGGUCAAGAAUGACCCAAAACAAGUUUAAACGUCUAUGUAUAUUAUUGUUUUGUUGAAUAAAGG